AUGAAUCAGGUGGUUGAAACGUUCGAUGUUUCAGAAUCUCCGCCCUCAUCCAACUCUGGAAGCCCUGAAAAUAACCUAAAUAAUGAUAAAGAGUUUUUAGAGGAUAAUAACAUUUGUGAUGUUGAAUCUAUAACCAGUGAUUCUUCUGUCUAUGAAGAAUUUGAUGAUUUUGACCCUUCAAACUUUAGAUUAACGCCACAGAACACUAUUUCCCCGAAGCGUGAAGCUACUAAUACCACUAAUAACAGUAGUUCUGAUGAAGUCAUGAGUAGCGAGUUUAAAUCCGUCGAUAGCUAUGAAUCCUUUUACGUUUUAUCACUUGAGAACCAAAACGAUACUUCAAAUAAGAUGUCACUAGAUACUACUAAUACCAUUGAUAAGGUUGAUACUACUAAUAAUAAUAGUAAUACUACCAAUAUUAAUGGUACUAGGGAAAUUGUUGUAGAUGAGGAAAGUAUGGUUGUUGAUGUUGGAGAACCUGAGUUGGAUGUGGAAAUGGAACUUGAUAAUGUUAUGGCUGAGAUUAAUGGAGGAAGCGUAAGUUUUGAUGCAGCAGGAUCUUCAGCCUUUGUUAACACUAGUACUGAUACUACUAAUAAUGUAGAUAACAUGGUGAAUGCUUUUGGUAGCGAUAACCCUCUAGAAAAUGGGCUGAUCAUGGAAUCUGAAGAUGAAUUGGAUAAUGCAAAGCUACAAAAGUACUUGAAAAACCAAAAAAUAACUGAAAUAUGUAAGAGAUUGAAGGCAGAUUUGAAGGGCUCAAAAUACGUAGGUGAGAAGUAUGCCUGUUUCUCAGAGCGAGUUUACAACUAUAUCUCAGACCUAAGGUCAUACUCUUCUACUAGCAGUCAUGAUCCCACUACCACUACCUCAACUAUAACCUCAGUAGAUCUUAAACCGCUUUCCACAGACUCAAUGGGCUCUUUAGAUGACUCUUCUUAUGACCUUGGUUCAGCCCGUGAGACUAAUGCAUUUGAUACAGAACCACAACCUACCAAAUCAACCGAUCAACAAUUCAAUGGUUUGUCAAACAAUGUAGUUGUGAGAGAUGAAUUUGACGUUAAGUUUCAGGAUUUUCUAAAGAAACACCAGCAUCUGAUUAAUCAAUCAUUUGACUCAUCAGAAGACACUACAGAUACAGUGGGUAGCAGUAAAUCUGACCAAAAGGAUUACCAGGAAGUGAGUCAAAGUAAGGAAGCCCCUUGUGAUGUUGAUACAAUAGAUAAGAUUGAAGUGGAAAGUGAAAGCCGCCAUGGCCUGGAGCCAGUAAUGUCGAGUUCCUGUAUUAAUUUGGUUUUCAGCUGUUUACGAAGUAUAAAAAUAGCAGUUGGAGACAACCUCCAUGAAUAUAACGUUUACUCAGGGACUAAAAAGUUUAUGAGUAAAUUCCUGGAAAUUCUUAGAAAAUUAAACGUCCUGGAGAAGAAGCUGAAAAAUGACUUUUUAGCUCUGGAAAAUAACGAUUAUAAUUUGGAACUUACAAGAAACGGAUUUCUCACAUUAAUGAAGAUGAAUAAUAGACUUUUGACGCUUUAUAAUAACUAUAGAGAUCAUGAAAAGUUACAAAGAGACUCAAUAAGGCUCAAAAUUGAUGGAAUUUCACUAUUAAGAUCUGAAAUUCUGUCAAAAAUUGAACAAACACAGAUUAAUAUUAAAGUAGCAGAUGUUAAGGAGGCCUUUUUGUCUAGGGAGAAUAGACUAAGAGAUAUAUAUAAUGAAACGGGGUUCUUUGUAUUACCACUUAAUUAUCAAGAAUCUUAUCAAAACAUUUUAUACCUUUUUAACUUCAACUAUUAUAGCAAAAUUAAUCGAUCCUAUCAAAUUUCACCACCUAACACUAUUGUUAGUGGUGUUAAUAACAACACUAACACUCCUAAGAGUACCAAUAACAUUCUGGAUAAACCCAUAAAUUUAAAUAAUUAUAAUAACACAAUGUUUAAGGAUGAAUUGCCUCCAUAUGUAACUAGAGAGAUGCUAGAUAACCUCAGGGUUUUAGAUCACUUGCCAUUUAAACCGGUUAAACUUGUUCCGGACUUGGAACUAAAGUUGUUUCUGUACUUUCAAAACUCAAAUACAACUAGUAGCGCCAACUCACUGGUGAACAACGGUGUGUUUAAUAAUUACUUUAGCCCAACUGUCAUUUCAAGCUCCAGUUCUGCAAGUUCUAAUAACCUAAACCUAAGUCCAUAUACUAACAAAGUAAACAACAACUCAACUGUCUGUAACUUAUUUAAUAAUUCACACGGCUCCAGUAAUGGAGUCUACAAUGGCGUUGAAAAAAAUAACUCACUGGAGACGGUUAUAAACUUAAAUGUGGAUGAAAAUAUAUAUAUUGAUGUGUUUACCUUGAGAAAGGAGCUGAAGUUAAUAUUAUACUCUCCAAUUCAUAAAGACUCACCAUAUUACAGGUUUAAGAGUGACCUAGUCCAGAACUAUAACCAAUUUCUAAACUCGAAAAUUGAGGAAUUUGUAGAGGACGUUAUUGAAAACGUUCAGCUGGUCGAAUUGUUGAACACAGUGAUGGAAAUCGCUCGUGAAAUAAAUCUAAAGUUUGUCAAUAACUUGAAUAUGUUCCACAGUCUCACACAACUCUCAACUAAUUACUAUUAUCUAUCGCAAUGGACUAAUGAUUCCAACAAUUUGGGGCUAGCUAAUGGACAAACUAAUCAACGGAAAAAUGUAUUUGAAAGUGAAAAGGUAUUAAAGCUGAUGUUAACUUUUAAGAACAAUAUGCCGUGUUUGUGGUGUCUGGUGUAUUUCAACUUCAACACUGGAAAAUCCCCCUCAAAGAGUCCAAAUUACCCUAAAUUUACCAAUAGAUACUUUGCCGAGAAGAACUUGCUGGUCAGCGGGGUCAAAUUUGAGUUCGUUCAUAAGCUAAACAAGACACUUGUUGCUAACUACCAGUCUGGUCUCGACCAGAUUAACCGGUUAAUUACAACUCCUGGGACUCCCAAGGAUCUAGUCGAACACAUUAUGUCAACUUUAAACUCACAGGAAUACUAUAUGUAA